AUGGCGCUAGUUAUUCUUCUGAUUCUGGUGAUUGAUGCGACACUAAGUACAGCUGCACACGCAGAGAUGGCGCUAGCUAACGUUACAAGAUUCGCUACUGGGGAUUUCUUUACUCUAACAGGCACUGACUGCGGUAUGACCCGUUGCAUGGAAGUAUCACACGGGACCGCUCUGGCUACCAUCGGGGGCGCAGGCUGCACGUGUCAAUGUCGGGGGGAUACGCCCGCCUUCAGAGAGGACCGUCGCAUUUGCGUCAAUCAAAUUGACGAAUGUCCAAUGGCCAGCUUCGGCCGCGGUUCCACAAAGCCGCAAAUACCUUUCGUCUUUCUUCCACUGAAAGGGCAAAUAAUUUAUCCCUCAAAAGAAAUUGUUUUUACAGAUGUUGAAGAUGCCAUAUGCGCAGUGACAAGUGCGCAGUAUCUUUCUUCCUCUGGUUGGGUGACUCUUCGCGAUUUACUUGACAACGAUGUACCUUUUGGUCUCUACAGAGAUGAAGGGAGCACUUAUCUUCAAUGGAAGGGGUCAUCAGCGUUACACACGAGGCUAGAGGGCAGACUGGUGGCAACCCAUGUCUUAUGUUCAGCUCCUCCCCCAGCAAGACUUGCUACAUCAUGUGCUACCUUUCGUGUCGCUGGUGCUACUCACAACGCUCUACUUGAUGUACGAUCAAUACCAUUCCACGCUGGCGAAACAGUAACCAGUGAGCCAGCUACGCAAAGUCGCGGCCUAAGCGUCCUUGAAUCCCUAGCUAUUGGAGUGUGCGUUCUCAUGCUGGUCUUUAUAUACGCUGCUGGUAUUAUAUUUUACAUACACUACAAGCAAAAGCAGAGGAAGAAACCUAAAGAUCCAGAAAUGAAUAUAUCUAACGCGAUAUCCAGUGAAAAUGAAUCAACUUUAGAUUCAAGGAUUAAUAUGGACAGUAUGAGAUUGAAAACAAAUCCGCUAAUGGAUAGUAUGAGAAAUGAUUAUAUGAACGAUGCGGGACUGUCGGAUGUCAGUGAACAAACUGAAGAUACUAUAGAUUCGUCCCCACCUAACUAUCACAGAUUUCAGGAACCAAGUUCCAGUAUCGUAUCAGCUGUGGUGCAUGCUAAAAGAAAGAAACCCACCCGCCCUACAAUCAGAGCUACAUCAACUCCUGAAAGACUGAAUGAGAGAUUGCACAGGCGAUCGGCAUCACCGGAAAUGGAAAGAGCUCCACAUUCCGAUGUGUCAAUUUUACAUUGCAAUAUUGAUAAUAACGUGAUAGACAAUAUUCCCCAUACACAUGUCACCAAUGAGGAGCCAGUAAUAAGGAGGAAACUUUACUUCAACCCUGUGUUCUUUGAGACAGACCAUUUAAAGAAUCCACCCGCAGCCGCUGUGGACUUUUUAAAUAAACUUCGCGAAGUGAUGUCUAUAGCUAAAGAAAAGAUGACGUCAAAACGCUUUAUACCAAACCUUUCUGAUAUAGCAGAAGAAGAAUCAUACCAUACGAUUGAUUUAGGAUGGGAUAUUCCUUGUGCCAAGCGUGGCAGAAGAUUCAGCGCUAUCAGUCUGAAAAGGGAGAAUAGUAGGCGACAAAUACAUUGUGGUGGGUGUCCCGGUUGUGAUAGUAGUGUUAGGGGACAAGGUGCUGCUAGUUUAAUGCGAUCUAAUUCAUGUAAAACUUGUGUUAGUGACGACUAUAAACAAAAAAUAGUUCAAAGGUGGUUAGAAGAUGUUCCUUUACCGUCUGCAAAUACGGCAAGACCAACCAGGGUUGCUAAAGUAAGUGGAACACCGAGAGUUAUAGAGCCCAAGGGAAAAGAGGAAAUGCGAAUUAAUCCAGCAGAACCAUUGCGUAACGAGGACUCUGAAACAUUAAUAAUAUCAGAAGCGAUACUAAAAGAAUUAAUAUCGGAGCCUCAAGCUAUUGAAUCCAAAGAUCACUCAAUAAAAAAUACAGAACCGAAUGAAAGUAGCAAUAUAAUCAAUCCAAAUUACGUUAAUCACGAAAAACGGUCAGGAUUGAAUCACGCCACCCGAAAGGUCAGAAAAAGAUUGCCACCUCCACCGCCGCCGCCAGUAACAGAUUAUACUCAAAAUGAGGAAGAACCGGAACCAGUUUUGCCAGAAGUAAAAGAAAAAAUGGAAGCUGUGAUUCGUGAAUUAAAUAGAUGUAAAAGAGUCAAACCGGACGAUAAAGAAAUAUUACUUGAGGGGGCUGCUCCAAAAAUAAUUAUUCCGGUAAUUGCAGCUGAUUCACAAUAUCCCAGUAAUAAUAACAUUGUGGAUGGUGUAUACAAAAAAGAAUUUUAUAUACAAAGAGAUGUUGAUAUUGACUUUGACAGUUUGGAGCGAACGUCUAAUAAACAAAGACGAUUUUCUCUAGACUUCGCAUCUGAUUUACCAGAGCAAGAUGAUGUUAUAUGUCAGCAAAACUUAGAAAAAUCUAGAGAAAGACUAUCGCGUAGUUGGCGUGAUUUAAAAAAUGCAAUUGACAACAAUUUUUCAUCCUUACAGCCAGCUCUUAAUGUUUCCGAAAUGAAGAAGCUAACUCUUACAAAAGAUAUUUUUCUUAAUGGCAAUGAACCUAUUUACAAUGAUAUUGAUAAUCCUGGGCCUCUGACUAUUGAAGUACGUGGGUCUCCAGUAGGGGAAUGUAUACCUGAAAAUGAGGAUUUUGAUCCGGACACACUCGAUCGUAAACCAAAGAAACCUCAUGAACCAGUGGAAACCAAGAAGUGUGUUGAAAAAAUUUUACUCAAGUCUGGUGGAAGUUUUAAGAACAAAAUAAACGUUCCUCAAGAUCAAAAAGAAAAAACACCACCGGAAGCAGCUUUUACGCGAAAAAUUGGUAGCUUAAGACAAAUUUAUGAAGCAAAAACUAGGGCUCACGAUGAAUCGUUUUAUGAACGACGAGGUAGUAUUUCGAGUGAUUCUCAAAAGUUGAAUAAAUAUGUUGAAAAGAUAGAUCUUUUGCAUAGCGAUCAAGGCAACUUAAAACCCCCACUACCAUCAAAACAGAAAAAUCAUUCAGAUUUACCUAAAACGUCGUCAACACGUAACAGCCCUCAAAGUGACCGCCAUCAAUCGUCUGAAGAACGAGACAGAUUUCCACCUAGAUCAGAUAACAAUUCACGAAAAUCAGGAAGACGCUCAGUUAGAACUAGAACACGUAGACUCGAUGUUAAAAAAACAAGUAAAACUGAAGAUUCUGGGUACUUAAGUACCGAUUCUAAUGAAUCCAAACGCCGAGCAAGAUACCUAAUGCAGUUAAAACCAAAGUUAACCCCCGACCUUAUAGCAAAGCCAGUGCCGACACUUAGUAAGGGUUUGCAAAUAGAAUCAGACACAGAUGAGCUAGAAUCUCUAUGCGACGGACGAAGUGAAUCAGGUGGAGAGAGCGUCGAAACAGACUCCGUAUUCUUCGGUAACUACAAUGACUCCAAAAGAAUAUAUGAAGAACUAGGCUUAGAUGUGGAGAAUAGAGAAAAGAUAGCGCGUAGCCAAGAACAAAUAGAUUCGGGAUUCGCGGGCGAAACGAACAUUAUACUAAGUGGGGACAGUGAUUCUGAACAUAAAAGUGUUAUUUCGAUAGUUACAGGGAGAGAUGGUCGUACGUCAGUGACGUCUAAUUCUACUUUAGACGGUCCGCCGUUCCCACAAUGUGUUGAAUGUUGA